GGGGAGAAAGGAAGAGGGGGAAGGAGGAGAAGGGACACAGGAGAGAGGGAGAGCGGGGGGGAAGACGCAUCAAAGGAAAACAAAGCAAAAAAUAAUGAUAUUGAUAAUAAUUAUGACUCCUGUAAUUAACACUACGUCUCUUUGCCCACCAUAAUGGCUCCACUGUUUACCUACACAGUGUGCCGCAAUAAAUGACGAGCCGCCCCUCGAAGUGCACUCCGGCUUGAGAGAGAUGUCAUCUCCAGGCAUGGGGACCCCCACAGACCCUCUCCUGGCCAGCCCAGGAGGGAGGUYAUCCUCAGCUCAGGAAGGCCUCUGGAGGACCUCGCUGCCCAAGACGGCCAGCUUCCCGACAUCCACCACACGGCACCUCAGUCACAGAGCCAACAACUUCCAAAGACAGCCGAAGCGCAGGAAGCUGAUACGACCCUCACCGCCUCCCCCGCCCAACACGCCUUGUCCCCUGGACCAGCUGGACCUCAGCGAGCUUCCCCCCAGACGCACCUUCCAGGAGCUGCUCUUCAACGGCUGCAUCCUGUUCGGGAUUGAGUUCAGCUACGCCAUGGAAACGGCCUAUGUGACCCCUGUUCUCCUACAAAUGGGCCUCCCGGAUCAGUUCUACAGCCUGGUGUGGUUCAUUAGUCCCAUUCUUGGAUUCCUUGUUCAGCCUCUUAUAGGAGCAUGGAGUGAUCGUUGCACGUCCCGGUUUGGAAGAAGGAGACCUUUUAUUUUUGCUCUGGCUGUAGGGGCUUUAGUGGGUCUGACCCUGGUUCUGAACGGACGAGACAUCGGGGGGGUCCUGGCCGACACGGCAUCAAAUCACAAGUGGGGAAUCAUCCUGACGGUGUGUGGCGUGGUCCUGAUGGAUUUCAGCGCCGACUCGGCCGACAACCCGAGCCACGCCUACAUGAUGGAUGUGUGCAGCCCGGAGGAUCAGGACCGGGGGCUCAACAUUCACGCGUUACUGGCAGGCCUGGGAGGAGGAUUUGGCUACAUCGUAGGCGGGAUCAACUGGGACCAGACGCAGUUUGGGAGGUCCAUGGGGGGUCAGCUCAGGGUCAUAUACCUGUUCACCAGCAUCACAUUGGUGUUCGCCACCGCCAUGACUCUGAUGAGCAUUCCCGAGAGGUCGUUACCAAAGAGCCAACCAAACAGAAACUCCAGUAAGAACCAUCUGAAAAGCCCCAGCCUCCCUCUGCCUCCGUCUCCUCCCGUCCCCCCCGGAGCCGGUCCGGGGCUGGACGAGGAGGACGAGGACGGACUUUACAGCUACAGCUUUCCCAAGCCUCAUCAAGGUAAUUCUGACCCCUUGGCUCACUCUUGCAGCGCCAACGCACGCCUAUGUGCCGGCCUCACCAGCCCCAUAUCACCCCUGAGUCCCCUCACUCCGAAAUAUGGCAGCUUUAUAAGCAGGGACAGCUCACUCACUGGCAUCAAUGAGUUUGCAUCUUCGUUAGGAACCUCCUACAUAGACAGCGUGCUUAUAGACUGCUACACAGGCCAGCAGACGCCUCCGACCCUGGCUUCAGGCUCCACCGCCAUGCCCCUGCCUCCAGGAGAAUCCCCUCCCUCUGAGAAGGCGGGUAACCCCCCUGCAGGGCAAACAGAGGCCGAUGGGGGGUCCCAUCCAGCUGAAGAGGCUCAGGAGGCAGAGGGGCCUCAGACCGAGGGAGAUGCACAAACUCAAGGCGCUCCUGCGGGCACAGCCGGGUCUCAGUCAGGGGCCGGGCUGCACCGGGGUUCCUCUGCUGGGAUCCUGAAGCGGCCUCAGAGUCUGGCRCUGAUGGAGGAGCCCACGGCGACRCAAAUUGUUGGGCUGGAGAAUGGGCGGAGGAGAACAGUGACUUUCAGCCAACAGGUGGCAAAUAUUUUGCUAAAUGGAGUGCGAUACGAGAGUGAUCUAAGUGAAAAUGUGGAGACAGGAGAAUCCCAGAUGUCCAUGAAGCUGCUGUGUAUAGCCAUCUACAGAAUGCCUCCCUCUCUGAGGAGUUUAUGCACUAAUCAUUUUUUAGGCUGGUUGUCAUUUGAAGGUAUGCUGCUCUUCUACACCGACUUCAUGGGCGAGGUGGUGUUUGAGGGAGACCCCAAAGCGCCGCACGACUCUGAAGCUUACCAGCGCUACAAUGCUGGCGUCAGCAUGGGCUGCUGGGGCAUGUGCAUCUAUGCAUUCAGCGCUGCUUUCUACUCAGCCAUAUUGGAGAAGCUAGAGGAACGUUUCUCCCUACGCACUCUUUAUUUUUUUGCCUACUUGGCAUUUGGUUUGGGCACAGGCCUUGCAACGCUAUCCACAAACCUCUAUGUGGUGCUUUCGCUCUGUGUCACCUAUGGCGUGCUCUUCUCCUCUCUGUGUACGCUGCCUUACUCUCUGCUGUGUGAAUACUACCAGAGCCCUCAGGUGAGCAUCUUCUGUUGUGCAGAAUGUCUUUAAAUGCUGUAACAUGAA